AUGAACCACGAACGAUAUCAAGAACGCCUAGACCUCGUCAAGAGCGUCAUCCACAGCUACGGCCUCAAACCCAUAGAGAUCACCCCCAUAGACUACGACGAAACAGCCCCCUUCGCCUACAACAACUACAUUUACAAAAUCACCCUCUCCGCGCCCCUGACACCAUCCUCCAUCCCCCAUGACCGCCGCCGCCCCUACACCCAGCCUCCUCCUGGGCAAGGGACUUCUACUGUGGUAAUGCGCAUCGCGAACCCAAAAGCAGAAGGCGUCGUCCAAGACACCCGCGUCGAGAACGAGGUCGCGGCGAUUCACCUCGCGCGCGAGGGUUUGGGUUCGUAUAAGCCCGAGAUUGCGGGGCUCGUGCCGGCGUUGUAUGACUGGAGGCCGUAUCGUCCUUCCGAGAACACGGAGGCAGGGGUGGAGGUUGGAGCGGAAGGCACCAGCAGCUACGGGUGGAGUCUGAUGGAGUUCAAAGAGGGCGUGCCGCUCGAUACCCUCUUCCGGGACAUGGAUGACGGGGCGAAGAGUGACAUGCUGGGCCAGAUUGCGGAUGUGGUCACGGGGAUCCAGAAGGUUUCUUUGCCGGAGACUGUGAGGUCUCACGGGGGGCUUUCGAUUGAUGAAGCGGGAAGGAUUGUGGGCGGUGCGAUGACGACGGUGAAGGGCGGGCCUUGGGAGCGGUAUAGCGAUUUCUGGAAGGCGAGGUUGGCCAUUCGGCUUGACGAUGCGGAUGCGAGUCCCGCGCUGGAAGGGUGGAGGCCUAAUGGUGUUAGAGAGCGUGUUGAUAGGUUCUUGGAGUCUGGGUUGGAGAGGUAUCUUGAUGGGUCUGGUGUUGAUGUUGGGAAGUUGGCUCUCAUUCACGGGGAUCUGACUACGAACAACACCCUCUACGACCCAACUACCAAGAAACUCACCUCCAUUCUCGACUUCGACUUCGCCUUCGUCUCCCACCCCUGCCACGAAUUCUUCACGUCGCUAGGCGACGUCGGCGGCAACACGGGCGGCGGAACGGGCCGGGACCCGGAUCUCAGUGGGGGUCUGCUCGGUAAAGCGAUGUUGACGGGCGACUUUGACGGGAUCCGGGAGAGACUGCCGCAGGAGGCCGCGGGACAGCUGACGAGGGCGCAGGCGUGGGAUGAUGCGUUAAAGGAGAGGGGCGCAUUGCGGCCUAGUGAGAUCAAGGGCAUGGCUGCGCUGGAUGGGUUGAGGAGGCUGGAGGCGCUGGCGUGUCCUUUUGCGUUGGAGCAUCCUGUCAUGUUGAGAAGGAAGACGAGGGAGGAGAUUGAGGAGAUGAGGGGCGUUGCGGAGGGGGAGCUUGUUGAGUGUCUUGAGGGAUUUGGGUAUUAG